UGACGUUAAAAUACAUUUUCACUACCCUCCUCUUUGUUUUUUUUCAAGCUUUUGUAUGUGUUGUUCUUCCUCGACGUUAGAGAGAGAAAGUGAAGAAAAGGCGAAAAAUAUUAUAGAGAGAAUAACAACUAUUUCUUUUUUGAUCUAAACCUUUCAUCUCCUUUUUCUCUUCAACCACUGCUUAGAUCUGCUCAAUUUUUCUCACAAAAAUCUGAGCGCAAAAAAUUAUUCUAAGAGGCUAUGAAGCGAUUAAGGGAUGAUGUAUAUGCUAGUUCUCAAUUUAAGCGGCCAUUUGGUUCAUCUCGUGGAGAAUCGUGCGGCCAAUCACAACUUCCUGGAAGUGGUGCUGGUGGUGGAGGCAGUGGUGGUGGCGGCACUGGUGGAGGGGGUGCUGGUGCUAGUGCCAGUGCUAGUACCCAAAAGUUGACAACUAAUGAUGCAUUGUCUUAUUUGAAGGAAGUUAAGGACAUGUUUCAAGACCAAAGGGAGAAAUAUGACAUGUUCCUUGAUGUUAUGAAAGACUUUAAGGCUCAAAGAAUUGACACCGUGGGUGUUAUAGCAAGAGUAAAAGACUUGUUUAAAGGGCAUCCAAAUUUGAUCCUUGGCUUCAAUACUUUCUUACCAAAGGGCUAUGAAAUAACCCUCACUGACGAAGAACAGGCUCCUCCAAAGAAAACAGUUGAGUUUGAAGAAGCAAUCAGCUUUGUGAACAAAAUUAAGAAACGUUUCCAAAAUGAUGAUCAUGUUUACAAGUCUUUCCUAGACAUUUUGAAUAUGUAUAGGAAGGAACACAAGGGCAUUACUGAGGUGUACCAGGAGGUUGCAUCUCUUUUUGAGGACCACCCAGAUUUGCUCGAUGAGUUCACAAGAUUCUUGCCAGAUAAUUCAGGUACUGCAUCAGCAACACAAACGUCGUUUGGCUGCCCUUCUUUCCAUCGUUAUGAUGAGAAGGGCUCUGCUAUUCCAUUACUUCGGCAAUCGCACGUGGACAAGCAACGUUUCCGUCGGGAUAGUAUUAUCAGUCCUCAUGCAGAACGUGAUCGUAGUGUUGAGCGCCCUGAGAUGGACGAUGAUAAAACAAUGAUGAAGUUGCAUAAAGAGCAAAAGAGGCGUGCUGAAAAAGAGAAUAGGGAGCGCAGAAGUCGCGAUCAGGAUUACAAAGAACCUGAUAAUGAGAACAAUGGAGAUUUAAGCAUGCACCGCAUUACUGAUAAAAGGAAAUCUGCUCGGAGGGUUGAAGAGUUUGGAGGCACUAACGAUGAUAAAGAUGGAGUGAAAAGUAUGUAUAGCCAAGAGUUCACUUUCUGUGAAAGAGUAAAGGAGAGACUACAAAGUCCAAGUGAUUACCAGGCAUUCUUAAAGUGUCUCCAUAUCUUUAGUACAGAAAUAAUUACAAGAAAGGAGUUACAAAGUUUGGUUGCUGAUUUACUCGGAAAAUAUCCUGAUCUUAUGGAUGGUUUCAAUGAAUUUUUGCAGCGCUGCGAACGAAUCGAUGGAUAUCUCGCAGGUGUUAUGAGCAAAAAGUCUUUGUGGAAUGAAGGGCACACAUCAAAGUCGCUGAAGGAGGAGGAGAAAGACAGAGAACAGAAGCGUGAAAUCGAGGAAAAGGACCGGUGCAAGGAGAAAUACUGGGGAAAGUCCAUUCAAGAGCUUGACCUUUCAAACUGUCAGAGCUGCACUCCCAGUUAUCGACUUCUUCCUGAAGAUUAUCCGAUACCUACAGCGAGCCAAAGAUCAGAGCUCGGUGCUCAAGUGUUGAAUGAUCACUGGGUAUCUGUGACCUCAGGAAGUGAGGACUACUCAUUCAAGCACAUGCGUAGAAACCAGUAUGAAGAAAGCCUAUUUCGAUGUGAAGAUGAUAGGUUUGAGCUAGACAUGUUAUUGGAGUCUGUGAGUUCAGCCACUAAGCGCGCAGAAGAGUUGUUGAAUGCCCUUAAUGAUAAUUCAGUUGGUGUGGAUGGCCCAAUCCGCAUUGAAGACCACUUCACAGCAUUGAAUUUAAGGUGCAUUGAACGUAUCUAUGGUGACCAUGGUCUGGAUGUGAUGGACAUUUUACGGAAAAACCCGCCUCUUGCGCUGCCGAUUGUAUUAACCCGCUUGAAGCAGAAACAGGAGGAGUGGACGAAGUGUCGCUCAGACUUCAACAAAGUUUGGGCUGAAAUUUAUUCUAAGAACCAUUACAAGUCGCUUGACCACCGAAGUUUCUACUUCAAGCAACAAGAUUCAAAGAACCUUAGCACAAAAUCCUUAGUGGCAGAGAUCAAAGAAAUUAAGGAUCAAAAGCAGAAAGAGUAUGACAUGAUUCUUGCUAUUGCUGCUGGUAGUAGGCAUCCAAUAAGUCCUCAUCUUGAUUUUGAAUUUUCUGAUCCUGAAGUUCAUGAAGACUUGUACAAACUUAUCAAGUAUUCUUGCCAAGAGGUUUGUUCCACAGAGGAGCAGUUAAAUAAAGUACUGAAGUUAUGGACCACCUUUUUUGAGCCAAUCUUUGGUGUUACUAAUCGUCUUCAUGGCUCUGAGGCUACUGACGAUGAUGUCUUGUCGAAGCAUCAUGGUUUGAAGAGCAAUGGAACUAGCAUUGGUGAAAGUGAUGGAAGUCCUAGUAUGGAUGCUAACACUACCAAGUCUAAGCAAUCAAAAGUUGUCUGCAAUGGAGAUGUUAAGUGUUCCCCUCAACGAGUAAAUUCUUCAAGAGCUAGUUUCACAAAUACCGAUGCUCACCCCAAGGAAGAUGGAUUAGUGGCAGAUGGUGAACACUUAAUUAGUUCUGAUGCAGCUGCUUCCCUGGGAGCAGAUAAUGUUUGUGCAAAAUUGGAAAGUACUUCAGGCCGCAGUACACGACCUGGUAAUGGCACCACUGAGGAUGACCAAGGAGUCAAGUCUAAUAUUGAUAAAUUACCAAUUUCAGAGGGUGACACUUCUAGAUUACUUCCCUUGGUAAAUGGUGGGUUUGCUGAAGGUUCUAGAAUCAAUGGGUAUAAUUCUGAUUCAGUUGAUCCGUCCAAAAAUGAGAAAGAAGAAGGUGAGUUAUCGCCUAAUGGGGACUUCGAAGAGGACAAUUUUGUUGGUUGUCAGGAUGCUGCUGGUGAUAACGAUGCAGAUGCUGAUGAUGAGGAUAGUGAAAAUGUUUCUGAGGCAGGAGAAGAUGUUUCGGGUAGUGAGUCCGCUGCUGAUGAGUGCUCUCGGGAGGAGCAUGAGGAAGAAGACGACGGAGAGCAUGAUGAGCUCGAUGGUAAAGUUGAGAGUGAAGGUGAGGCCGAGGGCACCGGUGAAGCAAACUUUGUUGGAGGUGAUGGCACUGCGUUUCAAACGUCUGCACGAUUUUUACUUACUUCAAAGCCUCUUGCUAAACAUGUGGCUUCACCUCAGUGUGGUGGUGUAAAGAACGACCUGCAUGUCUUUUAUGGAAAUGACGAUUUCUACGUGCUUUUUAGGCUUCAUCAGAUUUUGUAUGAAAGGUUACUAUCAGCAAAGCUGAAUGCAGCAUCAUCUGAAUCAAAGUGGAGAACUGGAAAGGAUACUAGUUGUGAUCCCUAUGCCAGAUUCAUGAGUGCCCUGUAUAGUUUGCUAGAUGGAUCUGCAGAUAAUGCGAAGUUUGAGGAUGAUUGCAGAUCAAUCAUUGGGAACCAGUCAUAUGUGCUAUUUACUUUGGACAAACUGAUAUAUAAACUGGUCAAGCAGCUUCAAACUGUUUCAAUUGAUGAACUGGACAAUAAGCUGCUUCAGUUAUAUGAAUAUGAAAGAUUUCGGAAACCUGAGAAGUAUGUUGAUUCAGUUUAUUACGAAAAUGCUCAUGUCCUCCUCCACGAGGAGAACAUUUACCGGUUUGAUUGUACACCUUCCCCAACUCGUCUGUCCAUCCAGUUGAUGGAUGAUGGAAGUGAGAAGUCUGAAGUUGUUCCGGUUCAUGUAGACCCUAAUUUUGCUGGUUAUCUGCAUAAUGAUUAUCUUUCUGUUGAACAUGGGAAGAAAGAGUCAUCUGCGGUUGUGCUGAAGAGAUCUGUGAGCAGAAACAAGAGAAAACACUCCGACCAUGAUGUAUCUUCUGCCCUGUGCAUGGUGAUGGAAAAUGUUAUACUCGUAAAUGGUUUGGAGUGUAAGAUGGCUUCAAAUUCAUCAAAGAUUUCUUAUGUACUGGACACGGAGGACUUCUUUUACCGUCUUGGAAGGAAGAGAAGAAACAUUUCGGCUAGCAGAUCAUCAUGUCAUGGGCAGGCGAGAGUAGAACGUUUUAACCGUGUUUUGACGUUCUCAUUGUGAUGAUGUGUGGCUUUCUUGUUUAAGAUGUGGCAAUCCAGAUAUUCUUGGUUACUUUGGUACAAAAACUUACUUGACCCAACCGGUUGAGCACUCGCUGGUGGUAUUCUCUGGAAUUGACUUCACCCUCAGAACAAGGAUCAAGUUGUUAGUUUUCUCGUUAACUGUAUUAUACUUGUCAACGGAAUUCAAGCUGGUUUUUUGUAAAUGUGAGUUUCCCCCAGGAUGUUAAAUUGUUAAUUGUAGAGUUGUGUUUAUUGAAUUGUAUUGCUUCCAUGGGGGAGCGCAUAGGAGCCUAGUUGCAUUUCCUCAGCAGCAGUCUGUGUACAAGCGCCCCCUGUGAAGUGAACUAGGUGAAAGUGGUAUAGUGAAAAGGCUUAUAUUAGAUAUUUCAGUGGGGUUUAGUCCCUAAUCUUGUACAGUGUACAUACUCCAAUUCCUGAACUAUGCUAAAACAUAAGAUUUGUUCCCUUCUUA